AUGCAACCAUUUGUUGAACAACCACAGUUUCUUCUUGAACCAAAAUCUUCAUUUAUAAUCGAAAAUCGUCCUGUUAAACUUGAAUGUAAAGCAAUACGUACUCGACAAAUAUUUUUUAAUUGUGAUAAUAAAUGGGUACCUGAACAUGAACAUACAAAAUCGACUGAAACAAAUGAUAAAGGUGUGAUUACUAUCAUAACAUCAAUUGAUAUAUCAGCUGAACAACUUGAUAGUCAACUUGAUUCUAAUGGAUAUAAAUGUUUUUGUCAAGCAUGGUCUGCAACAGGUGGAACAUUAAAAUCUCGAACAGCAACUAUUGAAAUAGCUUAUUUGGACAAAAUAUUUGAAUGGGAACCAUUAAGAACAGAUAGUGUAAUUAGUAAAUCUGCUGAAUUACGUUGUCGUCCACCAAGCGGUAAUCCGUAUCCAAAAAUAACAUGGUUAAAAGAUGGUCAACCAGUUGAAAUAAAUCGUAAUGGGAGAUUUAUAUUAUCAAGUGAAAAUUCUUUACUUAUUGCACAAAUAAAACAAAAUGAUGCUGGUAAUUAUACAUGUGUUGCAUCAAAUAUAGCUGGAACAUAUUCAAGUGAACCAGCUGAACUUAUUGUUCACGAUGAUCGUGGAUGGUCUGAAUGGCAACCAUUUUCUGAAUGUAAAGGUAUACCAUGUGGUAUUGGUCGUCAACGACGAUUACGUACAUGUCUUAAUCCACCAACAAUUACAAAUCGACCUAGUUGUGAUGGUGAUCAAAUACAAGAACGAGAAUGUCAAGUUGCAUGUGUAAAAGAUUCACAAUCUUCUUCAGGUGUUAUUAUUCUAACAGAUAAUACUUUUUCUGAUUGGUCAUCAUGGACAGAUUGUACAGGAAUUCCAUGUAAAAUGGGUCGUCAACAACGUAUAAGAACAUGUUUAAAACCAUCAAUAAUUGAUGAAAAACAAUCGAUUUGUAAUGGUGAACAAAUACAAGAACGUGAUUGUUUAGUACCGUGUUUAAAUAAAACUUCAUCAUUAUUUUCUCCUGUUCGUCCAUUAUCAUAUGGUACGUAUUCAAAUUGGACUGAUUGGUCUAGUUGUCGAUCAGUGGAUUGUACAUCAAUACGUACACGACAAUGUUUACAAGAACCAUGUCUCGAUUAUUUAGUUGAGAGUCAACCAUGUAAAGGAAAUCUAUGUUCAAAUAAUAUUAAUAAUAGUAGUACUUCUCUUCUCUUGUCUUCGUCUGCUUUUAAUGUGAUCAUUUAUUCAUCGAUUGGUAUCGGUGCUCUCAUCUUUCUGUUACUAACAAUAUCAGUCGUUUUAAUAUGUUGGCGUCGUCGACAACGUAUAACAACAAAGAAAAAAGGCUUAUCAACUUGUAUAACAUCAAAAGGUGUAAGUAGUAAUGGUAGUAGUCAUCUAGGUGUUUAUCAUAGUGAUAAAACUGAAUAUCCAUUUUAUUAUUCAAUUCAACAAGAUACAACGUCAACAAGAUCAUGUGUAUCACAAAAUAAUUCAGUUUCAUUAACAAAUUUUGAUUCGGGAUUAGAAAAAGAAAAAUUACUUUUAUUAAAUGAAUCACCAUUAAAUAAACAAAUUUAUUCAGUUAAAUCAUCUAAUCAUCCAAUAGCAUUAAGUACAACAAGUUAUGCAUCAAAUCAUAUUAAAUAUCCAUCAUUAGCAAGUCAAACAAUAUCAAAUGAAAAUCAUUUAAAUAUAAUCUAUGAAAAUAUUCUUCAAUCAUUACCAGCACAUACUGAUCUACGUUAUUUUGCUGUAUCAAUACUUAAUAAUAAAGGUUGUCGGUUAGAAAUUCCAAAUACAGGUGUAUCAUUAAUAAUUCCUGAAAAUGCUGUUUUACUUGAUGAUGAUCAUUUAAUAUUUAUUGCAUUAAUUAAUGUUGAAAAUCAUAUGCCUAUGUUAAAUAAUGGACAAACACGUUUAUCACCUGUUAUAUUAAUUGGUCCAUCAGAAAUAACAUUACUUAAACCAGCUGUUCUUUCAUUUGAACAUACAGCUGUUUUAGAAUCAUCAUGGAAAUUAAAUUUAAUGUUUAGUGAAGAUGUUUUCAAUUGGAAGCCAAUACUUAUUUAUGGACAAGAAAAUAUUUCAACACCUGUUUAUUUACAAUUUAAUAAUCAACAACAAGCAUUUAUUUUAUUUGAAAGUAUGGGUGCAUAUGGAUUAAUAGGUGAAUCAAUAUUAAAUCAUCAUGUAUCAAAAUAUAUUCAAAUGGUACCAUUUUUUAAUCGUUCAUCAUCAGAAAUAAAUUCUAAUGAAAUAGUAUCAACAUUACGUUUACGUUUUCUUGAUGCAACAUCAGAUGCAUUAGAACGUUGUUUAACAGAAGAAUUUUCUUUACAAAAUUAUUUAUGUGAUAAACCAAAACAAUUUAUUAUACAUGAUUAUGAAGAUCAAAUAUGUAUUAAUGUUGAUUUAGAAUUAUCAUCAACAUCAAGAAUUAAUAUUGGUUAUAAAGAAAUACCAUUAAAAACAUUUUGGUCAACUAGAUUUGAUCGAUCGUGUUUUAUUUUUAUUAUACCUAAUUUACAAAUGAAUAAUGAACAUUUAACAACAACAUCAAUUGAUAAUUUAGCUAUGCAUAUCGAUGUUUAUCAACCUACUAUGUUAGAUAGUGCUUUACAUACACGUUUAUGUGUUAAUACACUUAGUAGCAUAUCAACUAAGGUCGACUGUGAAAUGAAAUGGUAG